GUCUACAUCCGAUGUGACAAUGAAACACAGUAUGCUAAGUGGAAAGCUGCAUGUAUUCUUGCCUCCAAAGGCAAAACAAUGGCCUACAGCUCCUAUAGGACAGAAGUGAAGCACAUCCUUUCCUUUUUGCAAAUGAAAAGCCUGGCGCCCGCUCCUGGUCAGGCAGCUCCAGACCUAGACGCCAUGGAAAUGAAUCCUGAAUGUUUUGUUUCUCCGCGUUACGCCAAAAAGCAAAAGACUAAACAGCUGACAGCACGAAUCCUGGAGGCUCAUCAGAACAUAGCACAGCUGUCGCUAACGGAGGCCAAGAUGCGCUUCAUCCAGGCCUGGCAGUCGCUUCCCGAGUUCGGAAUCAACUACUACAUUGUCAGAUUCAGAGGAAGCAAAAAGGAUGAAAUUCUAGGGAUUUCAUACAACCGAAUGAUCCGUAUUGACAUGUCGACCGGCUUGCCCGUCACCACGUGGAGGUUUGCCAACAUGAAGCAAUGGAACGUCAACUGGGAAAUAAGACAAGUGACAAUAGAAUUUGACCAGAAUGUGACGAUAGCUUUCUGCACGGUGAGCUGUGACUGCAAGGUGGUCCAUGAAUUCAUCGGGGGUUACAUCUUCCUAUCUACGCGAUCCAAGGACCAGAAUGAGACGCUAGAUGAAGAACUGUUUCAUAAACUCACAGGAGGCCAAGAAUGACCAAAUGUAUUGAUGUACAUGAUGUGUUUGGUGUUCAUUUUCAUAACCACUGCCAUAGGUACAAAUAACACAUUUUUUGCUGACAGAACAAAAUAAUAAUGUCUUGACAUCAUAAUGGGUUUCAGCCCAGGUUGUGUCAGGAAGGGAAUCGGGAGUAAAACAAUUGCCAAUUUUUAUGUGUGAGUUAACUUGCUGUGGCAACCCCUGUAGGAGGGAGAAACCAAAAGAACAGUAUUAUAUUGACAUCACUGACUGAAAUAUUGUUCAGCUUCGUCUAAUGUAAAUAUGUAGUUAGGGUUGGUUUGUCAAAUUUAAACUGAACAAAUAUUUGUGAAACAACCUUUUUACAUUUAAUUACAUUUUCUCUAUUAAACUAAAAAAAUUUCAAUGUCUUUUCUAUUCAUUGACAAUUUUGCAGUCAUUUCCAGAUUACAACAUGCUUUGAUUAAAAUCAUAAAAGAGC